GGUGUUGGUCAGUGGCACUUCUCACCGGCGAGGGGUGAGCAUCGCAACACCUCUCCGAACGCAGCACCUCAGGAUGUGUCGGCUCAUUCUGUUGGCCGGGCUCUUGGCCCUCUGCGCUGCAUCGCCAGUGGCGUACUAUGAUGGAGAGAACGACGGUGGCCUCGCCACUGGAACGACUUCUGACUCAAGCGCUGCUGAGCUUCUCUCCCUGUUCAGCGGCACUGGCAGCAGCAGCAGCGUCAACAGCGACAGUGGCUGCAACUCCGCUACUGGCGUCGGCUGUGGAACUGGCAGUGACAGCAGUAGUGGAUACACCACCGGCGGUUGCGAUCCUGCCACCGGAAUCGGCUGCGGUGGGAGCGAUGUUCUGACUGGAGGCUGCGACCCAGCAACCGGCGUUGGCUGUGGUGGAACCGAUGUUCUCACCGGAGGCUGCAACCCCGCAACCGGCGUUGGCUGUGGCGGAAGCAGUAUUCAGACUGGAGGAUGCAACCCCGCAACCGGCGUUGGCUGUGGUGGAAGCAGUAUUCAGACUGGAGGAUGCAACCCCGCAACCGGCGUUGGCUGUGGUGGAAGCAGUAUUCAGACUGGAGGAUGCAACCCCGCAACCGGCGUUGGCUGUGGUGGAAGCAGUAUUCAGACUGGAGGAUGCAACCCUGCAACCGGCGUUGGCUGUGGCGGAAGUAAUGUUCAGACUGGAGGAUGCAACCCCGCAACUGGAGUUGGCUGUGGCGGAGGCGACAUCCUCACCGGAGGCUGCAACCCCGCAACUGGAGUUGGCUGUGGCGGAGGCGACAUCCUCAACGGAGGCUGCAACCCUGCCACUGGAGUUGGUUGUGACAGCGGUACCGGCAAUGUCAUCAGCACCGGAAGCGCUAUCGGUGGUGGCGGAGCGUCGUUCGUCGGCGGAGGGAACACGGGUGCCAGUGUGGGAGCCGACUGUCCCCAGGAUCGUGUGGUGACGGUGCCACGGGAGUCCACCUCAGUCUUGCAAGUCGUUAGUACCGUCCGGGUGCCCCAGCGGAGCACUAGUCUGCUGACACGGACCACGCUCGUGCCCUCGUUCGUCACCAGCCUCGUUGUGCGCACAGACAUCGACAGCCGCACUGACUUCAGGACCCAGUUGGUGACCAAGGUCAACACCCAGCAGGUCGUCUCCACAGUGCGUCUACCGGACCAGUUCAGCACCGUCAUAAGAACCGUGGUCCGCACUCAGGUGAACACCGAGUUCAAAACGCAGACCCAGUACGUGACGCGCCAGGAUGUGCGCACCAGCGUCAGCGUCGUCAACACGCAGGUGCAGGUGCCGACGGUGGUGCAGGUGCCGCGGCUGCAGGUCAGCACCCUGGUGGUGCCGGUGCCCGGACCUGCCCAGACCCAGCUGCGCACGGUCUACAACACCCGCGAGAUCACCAGCUUCUUCCAGGUUCCAGCGGAGACCAUCGUCAAGACCAGUAUCCAAUACAGGACGGAGGUGGUGUCUCAGCCGGUCCGCCAGCCGGACACCUUCGUCACCGUGACCAGUGUCAACGUGGUGCCCGUCACCUCGAUCGUCUACCGGUCGCGCGUGGUGCCGCAGUACGUCACCAACACCAAGAACGUCGCCCAAACCGUGACACGCACAGAAGCCACCACUCAACUGGUGCCUGUACGCAGCACCAUCGUCCAGAACGUGGUCAGCCCGCGCUUCGUCACCGACUACGUCACCGACACGCAGCGGGUGGUGCGCACCGAGGUGAAACAAGUGUACAACACGGUGCGCGUGCCGUCGCAGCCGCGCGUGGUGUACCGCACAGAGGUGGUGCAGGUGGCCAGCACGGUGCGUGGCGCCGACACCUACAACACCCAGAUCGUGACGGUGCCCGUGCAGCGUGAGGUGUACAACACGCGGAUUGUGGACCAGGUGCAGAACCAGGAGCGCGUGGUCACGCAGAAACGCGGCGGCGGAUACUGCGGCGGCGGCGGCGGACACUCGGGAGGGUACGGAGGGUAUCGUCCUCCUUACUAAGUGCUGCCGAGGGGGUUCAAAACAAGUGGCUCAAGUGUAACAUCAUUGAAAGUGGGUGGCGUUUUCAACAGUGAUUGAGAUAUGUGUUGAGCUUUAGCAUCGAGGUCGCCGCAUUUUCACAAAUAGCCCAUUGGUAAAUGAGAUGCUUACAUGUGACGGAAGCGCGAUGUUAUAAAACAGUGAAUCUCACCUGUUUUCCACAAUACAUACGAUGACCAUAUCAUU